GGCGCAACUCCCGAGGAUCCACAGCCCGUACCUACUUAAGUCAAAGAUCCAUUUCUCUUCAUAUAUGUUUCUAUUUUUCCUACCCACCACCGCACAACUUGCCACAACUACUCACCUGCAUCCCUCCUGUUGAUUUCUUUCAGCUUCACAUAUACAUAUCAAACAUUUUGCUAUCAUGUCUGCCGCCUCUACCGCCCCAUCCUCCCCUGAGGUUGUCCAGCAGUUCUCUGACCUCGAUAUCGGUUCUACCGUCACAACCCCAGCGGUGACCCGUCCUUCUUCUCCCUCACCUCCAUCACUCCCUCCGUCUCCGCUUUCCAGUGGGAAGCACAAAAUUGCCGUUAUCGGUUCUGGGUCGUGGGGAACUGCUCUCGCCAAGAUUGCUGCGGAGAAUGCCUGGCGCCGCAAAGAGGACUUCCAUUCUGAGGUUAGGAUGUGGGUGCGUGAGAAGAUUGUGAACGGCAAGCCUCUUACGCACGUCAUCAACAAAACGCACCUUAACUCGCGAUAUCUUCCCGAUGUCGUUCUUCCUCGGAACCUUGUUGCCGUUCCGCAUCUUAAAGACGUCGUUAAGGAUGCGACUCUCAUCGUCUUUGUCGUACCUCAUCAGUUCCUGCACACUGUUCUUAAUGAACUCGCCAGACCCGGCGUUCUUUUACGCGGUGCUAAGGCUGUUACCGCCAUCAAAGGCGUGGAGGUGAACGGUACCGAUAUUCAGACUUUUGCUAGCUUGAUUGAAGCCAAAGUUGGGUUGCCGUGCUCAGCCUUGAGCGGUGCCAAUAUUGCUCUUGAAGUGGCCAUGGGUCAAUUCUGCGAGACUACUAUUGGUUGCCCUACACCCGACCAAUCUCUGUUAUGGCACGCCGUCUUCAACUCGCCUUCUUUCCGAGUCAAUACCGUGGAAGACGUCAGCGGAGUGUCUCUUGCCGGUGCACUUAAAAACGUAGUAGCACUCGCUGCUGGUAUGGUGGACGGCUUGGGAUUAGGAGGUAACACCAAAGCUGCCAUUAUGCGAAUCGGGCUGAAGGAGAUGACCCAAUUCUGUUUGGAGUUCUUUGAGGGCGUUCGACCUGAAACCUUUUCCAACGAAUCUGCAGGCGUCGCUGAUCUCACCGUCACCUGUUUCUCAGGCAGGAAUCGAAAAUGCGCUGAAGAGUUUGUCAGAUCUGGGCAGCCAUUUGAUGUUGUUGAGAAGAAGUUGCUCAACGGUCAGAAACUUCAAGGUACCGCCACAGCCGAAGAAGUCAAUGCGUUCCUUUUUGCGCGAAAGCGUGCUCAUGCCUAUCCGUUGUUCGAAAAGGUAUACAAGAUUGCUUUCGAGGGCAUGCCCCCAAAGAACCUUGUUGUGGGGUUAUAAAGUACUUUCAGCAAGGGGGACAAGACGGUGGAUAGUAGUGUAGCCAAUUAUUGAUUAUUAUUUUCACUCAAAAUUGCAGCCAUUAGACCAAUGAUAGAUUUUCAUAGAUUGCACAAAAUCUUUAUACCUUUCCUCGCCAGUCAUCGGGCUGCGAAACCAGUUUCAAGCAUGUCAAGAAGGAGCAACCAACAGUGUGCCACCAAUUUGCGUAUUCCGAUGUGAAUGUGAAUAAUGGGCAGAGUUGAGCUAUUGUUGAGCGUUAUGUAACCUCCCAGUUUUCUGACCACCAAUGGGCACUUUCCGCUCGGGGCGUCUGAUUCUGAGAGUAAUCAAACCAAUUUGCUUUAAUUUAAUUAGCCUAUUUCGACUUAAGUGCCUGCAUCAAGAGAAUAUCUUACCUACGUACUGUUGACUACUCGUCGUCUACUAUGAGACCUGUUUCAUCUUGCCAACACUUAAUGUUUCUAAACUCCCUCAUGAAUCUCUACGUAGCUGGUGGUCGCUGCAACAACGGGCAAGAUAUCAAGAAUAAGACACCAAGUACCUGAUAAUUGUUACUGAG